AUGUCCCGGGCAGCGGCUAUCGCGAGCUCCCUGAUCCGCCAGAAGCGACAGGCGCGUGAGAAGGCGAAUGCUGUGCGCGGCAGCAGCAGCCCGAUCAACAGCAAGGGCACCAACGAGAAGCCGAGCAAGCUCAACGUGUUCUCGCGAGUCAAAUUGUUUGGAUCGAGGAAGAAACGGAAGAGAAAGCGACCACCAGAGCCCCAGUUAAAGGGCAUUGUGACCAGGCUUUCCAGUAGCCAGGGCUUCCAGCUGCAGAUGCAGCCCGAUGGCACCAUUGAUGGGACCAAGGAUGAAGACAGCACUUACGCUGUGUUCAACCUGAUCCCAGUGGGGCUUCGUGUGGUGGCCAUCCAGGGCGUCCAGACCAAACUCUACCUGGCAAUGAACAACGAAGGCUUUCUCUACACCUCUGAACAUUUUACCCCCGAGUGUAAGUUCAAGGAGUCGGUGUUUGAGAACUACUACGUCACCUACUCCUCCAUGCUGUACCGGCAGCAGGCCUCAGGUCGGGCCUGGUACCUCGGACUCAACAAGGAGGGUGGAAUCAUGAAGGGAAACCACGUGAAGAAGAACAAGGCCGCCGCACAUUUCAUACCGAAACCACUCAAAGUGGCCAUGUAUCGGGAGCCCUCCCUCCACGACCUGACAGAACUCUCCCGGUCCGGCAGCGGCACGCCGACCAAGAGUCGCAGCGCUUCGGCCCUCCUUAACGGCGGAGGGAAGUCGCCCAGCAACAAUGACUUAUCCUAGCCCCCCCACCCCCACACACACACCCACAGAAGACAUGCAUACACGAUUACAC